AUGACGAAUCCCUGUUUUGACUUGACCGAUGAUCGGGCCUCGUCCCAAUACAAAGUAGCUCACCUACCUCAAACACUUUCAUCCUCCUUAAAACCCAGCUGUGUUUUUCUUCUGCAUCAGAUUAUCAAACACCAGACAUGGCUCAGAACUCAGAAGAGGGUUCUCUUUCUUUGCGGUGAUUAUGUCGAAGAUGCCGAGGUGAUAGUUCCGUUCCAAGCUCUGCAAGCAUACGGCGUCUCCGUCGACGCCGUUUGCCCGGGAAAGAAAGACGGGGAUACCUGCCCCACUUCCAUUCAUCAGGUUCGGAUUGGUCCAGAGUUGCGUGGUCACGAUUUCACACUCAACGCAACGUUCGAUGACAUCAAAGCCAAAAACUACGACGGAUUAGUAAUACCCGGGGGGAGGUCCCCAGAGAAUCUCGCUCAUAUUGCAACUGCGGUGGAACUGGUUUCUGAAUUUGCCGCUUCAGGAAAACCAAUCGCUGCGAUCUGUCACGGACCACUGGUUCUGGCGGCUGCCGGAGCCAUUAAAGGUCGGAAGGUCACUGGAUUUCCCGCAAUCGCACCGGUCCUCGUCGCCGCCGGCGCACAUUGGGUUGAACCAGAAAGCAUUGCCUCUACUAUAGCCGUCGCCGAUGGCAAUAUCAUCACCGCCGUUACCUUCAAAGGCCAUUCUGAAUUCAUACGCCAUUUUGUCAAAGCUUUAGGAGGCACCAUUAGUGGCUCACCCAAAAAGAUCUUGUUCCUCUGUGGAGAUUACAUGGAAGAUUAUGAGGCGACGGUUCCAUUCCAGUCUUUUGAGGCAUUGGGAUGCCGAGUGGAUUCGGUUUGCCCCAAAAAGAAAGCCGGCGAAACCUGCGUAACUACAUUUCGCGACGUCGAAGGAGGCCACAAUUUCAGCGACAAGACAGGAUAUGACUUUGUGUUGAAUGCGAACUUCGAUGACGUGAAUGUUUCGUCCUAUGAUGCUCUUGUCAUACCAGGAGGUCGAGCCCCUGCUUAUAUGGCUUUGAAUCACUCUGUUCUUGCCCUGGUCAACCAUUUCAUGCAAAAUAAUAAGCCAGUCGCUUCUAUCUCCCAAGGACAGAAGAUCUUGGCCGCUGCUAAUGCUCUCAAGGGAAGGAAGUGCACGGCUCACCCGACGGCGAAGCUGAAUGUGGUUCUGUCGGGAGGAACAUGGGUGGAACCUGAGCCCAUUGACCGUUGCGUCACCGACGGGAAUCUGGUCACCGGAGCUUCGUGGUCCAGCCACCCUGAGCUCAUUUCUCAGUUCAUGGCGAUGCUCCAUGUUCGUGUAUCUUUCUGAGCUGUUUUCCUGUCUUUGUUAUGAAGCUUGUUUCCUGCAGACGCGUCGUUCUCGUGGCUGGGCCUUCAAAUUGAGAAAAAUAAAAUGGUCGCAUUUAAAUUCUUCACAUUGUAAAGUUCAUCUUUUGUUUUGUUUUGUUGGGCCAUCGGCCCAUUUACCCUUGAAGUUUCAUAGUGUUCGUAUUUGUAAUUGGAUUUCUAGAGUUCAACCAAAAGAGACUGCAGACAGAACAUCAAGCAGUAUACA